AACCUCGAUUCUGUGGAAGAAUCGAUCCAGAACCUCCUGUCGGCGUUGUACCCGCCCUACGAGGCCACCGCCCCGGUUCUGCUCAGCCAGCUCUUCCAAAUCAUUGGCAGUCGUUACCAGAGAGAUGCCCUGAGGUGUUUCCUGGACUUUCUGAUUCCAGCCAAACACAUUUUAGACACCGUGCAGCAGGCUGCAUGUGCUCAGUACUCUGAUGUGCUCUUUCUCUGCGAGGGCUGGCCGCUUUGUUUACAUGACCAAGUUGUCGUCCACCUCGCUCCGAUCGACCCGUCGCUGCUUCGGCCUGGAGACUUUUAUCUCCAGGUGGCUCCGUUCUGUCGUCAGUCCGCUCGGAUUGUGGUCUGCAGCCUCCUGGAAGAGGAGGGGCUCAGUGUGCACGUGGCAGAGGAGACCCCAAUCCCCGAGACCUCCUAUCCUUGUAUGUUCAGCCGGGACUGGUUGAACGAGCUCAACCAGGACCGUCGAGGCACGCCUCUCGGACAGUGCCUGGUCGCCACCGAGCAAGGCUUGGUGAGGUUACCAUGGGAGCGGGUGGCCGUGCCUGACUUUGUGCCACGGAGCGCUGAGAGUGGCAUGGCCUCGGCUCCUCAAGCGCAUUCUUUACCGCCUCCGCUUCCUGUUCCUCCACCUCUCCCUGAUUUUCCUGACAGUUCUUCAACAGGUAGUUCUUUUCCUCAUUCUUCUUCAAAGAAAACACAACCAGAGGAGUGUCCUGCAGCUGUCCAGAACUCAGUUUCAGCAUCCUCCUCGCCCCCUUCUGCCUUCUCCGUGGAGACGAGGAUAUGCCCAGCAAAGCACGGCAUCGCUGUGUCACUUUGCCUGGUGAAUGCCAGAACUGCUUCUUCAUCACGACUGGUCAGAGUUAAAGGCACUGAAACGGAGCGUAAACCGAUUGGCUGGGUGUCUCCCAGCACGUGGGACAGCCGCUUGUCUGGGACGAAAAUAAACACAGCUCCAGAUAAGUACAGCCCAUCAAAUUUACCUGAGUCCAAAGGUGAGAAUAAAGGUGUAACUGUUUCUGAAAGUACUCUGCAGGACAAAGAAACAGAAACAAACAAACACAAUAUGAGCAAGUAUGAGCCAACAGACAAUGCUGUUGUGUCAGGGGAAUAUAUCGAUAUCCUUCAGGCUAAAAUGCUCUUUGGUAAAGAUCAGUUGUGUCAGGAGCAGCCAAACGUGCUGACUCAGUCGUAUCUACAAACAGAAGCACAAAUACAAAAAUAUCCACAUAAAACAGGUCAACCAGUCACACAAACACCUCCCUGCACACAGUCACAACCUUAUGUAGAGUUACAAACAAAACCACCAAGUGUUUCUAGAUCCAACAUGUCUGAAGGAGCCGGACUUCAUCAGCAUUCCCAAACACAGCGCCCCGACUACCUCGAAUCCCCUCAGUGUGCGCGCAUCGUCCACUUUGCCGAGAAGCCCUGCACGCCGUGCAUGGCGAGGCGACAGGGUGGAAAAGUUGGCAGAGCCCAAGAGCUGAGAUGCCGUUACAGAGACUCCUACCAGGCUGCGAUAAAAAACCCCGUCGCCUUUGAAACGGAGAGAUUCAGAGGGAGCACGUUAGCUGUGGUGAAUGAGGAUGGCGAUUUGUCACAGUGUGGUGACAGACGGGAACCGCCGGGGACUGAAACUGGAGAUCCGAGGAGUGAUAUACAAGAAACAGGGUGUGAGACUGGAAAUCAAACCCAGUCUCCUCCUUCUGUCGCUGGAGACAUUUGUAAGGAGUCUGGAGAAAGAAACAUUGUUCCACAAAGGAAGCUGGGAUAUGUGAACUCCUCUUCAUGUGUGGAAAACAGGACUAUAAAUACUUUACAUGAUUCAUCUGAUUGGACAUGUUGGAACACACAAUCUGUCAAAUCUUCUGGCAACUUUCACAAUUCACUAUCACCAGAGUCCAGGAUAAACGCAAUAAAUGGUCCAAAACAUUCAGAUAGCUCCAUCAAACACCAUGGAUUACCAUUUAGCUCAAAUGAAAUGUCUGGUGUGAGCAUAAACCCAACCAGAUCCACAGGGAUGUCCCCAAAUGUAAGGUCUCUUACUGCACCACAAAACAGACAAGAGCCCAAUAAAAGAUGUUCAUCUCUCUCCACGGCGGUGGUGGACACUUCAGAAAAGUGUGAACUGGUUAUUAUUGAAGGGCAGAAUGUCAGGAGAAAAGAAAACACAAACGUUUGUGCUGAGAUCCCUCAGCUUCAUGUGGUAAAAUGUAAAAACAGCACCGCCUUUGGACUGGUUUCACCCAAAAUCAUCAGGAGGAAAAAUGUCGUUCCAGCUGACGAGCAGCCUGGACCUACUUCUGUAACAAGUGCAAACAGCCGUCAAAGAGAGAAACCGUCACAGACAGAUUCAUCAACCAAGACUGAGACGCAGAAGAUGGGUCAACCCAGACCAGACCACCUCCCUCUCGGAUCCCCAGACCCCAAAGAGCAUCCUCUUUAUCUGGGAGUAGCAUCUCUCACAGGCUGCAAAGACAGGAUGGGAAGGGCAAUAGUGGAGCUCUACGGAGAUCAUCCCGGGUGGCGAUCGACGGUAACGAGCCAGGAGCUCUUCCAGAUGCUGCUCUACUUCUACUCUGUCACCAGGAAGGAAAUCAGAGAAGCUGGGAUGAUGCUCAUUUUUGAUGCUCGGAAGAGAAAUCCUCAACCACAGCUCUACAAAGCUUUAAUGGCUCUGCAAGAGCAGUGUCCCUGUGCAGUGAGGAGUUUGGUGCUGUUGGUAGACAAAGAAAACAACCAUCAGCCAGAAAGAUGUCCUGGAAUACAGACUGAACUGGUGAUGUCGAUAAAAGCCUUGUUCAAACUGGUGGAAGUGACUCAGCUGAGCUCAUGUUUCGGUGGCUCCUCUUACGGCCUCUGUGACUGGAUGACACUCCACCAGAGACUCUUCCCCUUUUUUACUGACCUCCACGAGGCUUCCUGUCUGCUUCUAAGAGCCAUCAGUAAGUUAGAGGAGCCUCAGAUGACAGAUUCUGCACAGGCCGUGCAGCAAUGCAUGAUGGACCAGAAGACUUUGAUGAGGGACGUGUUGGAGGAUAGCCGAUUGGUCAGACUGCAGAGGGAGGGUGGAGCCAUCCUGGCGAGGCUGAGGAAGGAGAGUGACUUAAAAUACCCUCACUGUGAGGACCUUAGUGAUGCAGUGGAUUCCGUGUCCAGUCUGUAUAACCACGUGGAGGAGCAGGGACAUGUCCUUGUGCAGAGGACAAACAUGUCCCUGGAACACCUGGAGUACCUGCUGCAGCUCCGAGAAAUGGAGGGACUCUUCUACCAGAUCCAGCAGUGGUUCGAUGCAGAGGGGGAGCGCCACCUGCAGGAGGCUGCAUCAGUAAAGAGCUCUGGAGACAGAAUGGAGCAGGUCCUCAACAGCUUCAAUGGAUUCCUAAUUGAAGCUAACGACCGCAGGCAUCACGCCAUGGCGUUGGUAUCAGAGGCAGAGAGGCUUCAGCGGAGCGGACUUUCACACCCAGAGACAGAAGCUUUCGGGGGUUUUGUCUGCACCUUCAAACUGAGCCUAGAGGACUUCCUGUGCAGGGCAGAGGCAUGUGGCCGCGAGCUGCAGAUCAUGGUCAACAUGUGUGACUUCUGUGAACAGGCUGUGGAGCUGGCCAACGAAUGCACCGAUUAUUUGACCCAAAGUCAACCCAGAGCCCUCACAAUACAAGAUCCUGGAAGUGCCUCCCAGUUCAAUCAAUCAAACACGCUGCUAGAACAGAACAAGGAGCCCUGUCUGAACCCUACACCUCGCUGUCAGUCUGAUGCAGCACAUGGUUCAGGUUCCACCACCACCAGAGUCUCGCUGGCUUCUCCUGACAGAAUAAUUCUUCAGUCUUUCCAAGAAAGAUUCCUUCACUUCAGUCCAGAAAGAUUCCAGGAAAUUAAAACCCAGGCUUCCACCCUGCCAGACUCCAGAGGGAUACAAAUUUGGAACGACGCUUAUCGCAGAUGUCAAGAAGCUCAUCAGCUGCUUCAGGACAGGAUGCAGGAGAUGAAUGAGGUUUGCCACCAACAAGCAGGUUCUAGCAGCUGCUGCGAAGGUCACUAUGUUGACGUGAUGAGCACUAAUGUUCAGACAGCAUCUCCUGGAGGACAGAAGCUGCUGGUACAGUCAACCCCUGGAUUUCGGCAUCCACACUGGGAGGGUAUUGUGUCAGGAGCAGUAGAUUUAGAAAAACGGAGACCGAUCCUGGAUACCAGGACUCCAUGUUCAACGACUGUGGCCUGCUGUAAUAUUAUAAUAAAACCUGAAGACAGCAGUGAUGCUGGGACAAGCCAAGAGUCGAAGGUCACGCCACAAUCGCCCCACAGAUCUUCAAGAAAACCGGACAGGGAGGCGAGGAGGAGGCAGACGAGCCGAGCCAGAAGCGAGAGAGAUGCUGCUGCCCUGUCUCAGGCCCACGCUGUCGGCUGCCAGUGGUUUCCAUGGAGGCGGGGUCCCGUGGCGCGCUCGGUCAGUGAGGACUCGUGCACGACUAGACUCGCCACAGCCGGCUCGUCUCCUCCCGAGCAGCAGACCCGGCCUCCGUCAUCGUGUUCCCACCACAGCCAGCCGUCUGCUCGAAUCCUCCAGGAGGCUCAGAAGUUUCAGAUUUCCCGCCACGGGAGCUUCUGCUCCGAGGAGGAGUCGUCUACGAGCGACCGGGGGGCGGCGGGGGGCGACGGCACUGUCUGCUGCAAACACUCCAGCCUCCCCUCUGGGAGAUACGGAGGAGCGUUUUAUUUAUCCAGUCCACAGGAGAACACCAGCAGUGCCCUGAGGCUGCAGCGCGUCAUGGAGGAGCUGGUGUUCACAGAGAGGGAGUACGUGCGCUCCCUGGGUUACAUCCUGACUCACUACCUCCCCCUGAUGGACAGGUUGGACAUUCCUCAGGACCUCAGGGGCAAGCGAGGGGUCAUCUUUGGAAACCUGGAGAAACUUUACGACUUCCACAGUCACUAUUUCUUACCGGAGCUGGAGGCGUGUGAGAGGCAGCCGGGCAUGGUGGCCCGCUGCUUCCUCAGACAUAGCGGGAGUUUUGGCCUGUACGCUUUGUACAGCAAGAAUAAACCUCAGUCAGACGCUCUGAUCCUGCACCGCCGCCAUGAUAUCUUCAAGAAGAAGCAGCAGGAGCUCGGGGACAUGAUGGACCUCUCGUCCUACCUGCUGAGGCCCAUCCAGAGGAUCAGCAAGUACAGCCUCCUGCUGCUGGACAUGCUGGCGCUGGUCUGCACGCACAGGUCAAGAGAUGUGUGUGGACACGGCCCGGCCGCUCAUGUCCCCGACCUGACAGACUUCGAGAGGGACAGGGAGAGGGCCGACAUCCAGGCUGCAGCUGACCUCAUUCAGUUUCAGAUGCGUCACGGCAACGAUUUGCUCACAAUGGACGCCAUCCAGGAUUGUGAUAUCAAUUUAAAAGAGCAGGGGCAGCUGUUUCGCCAAGAUGAGUUCACAGUUUUCUUCAGGAAGAAGAAAUGUGUUCGCAGAAUCUUCCUCUUUGAACAACUGGUUCUCUUCAGCAAACCCAAGAGGACGAACGUUGGAAAUGAUGUUUAUGUUUACAAACAGUCAUUUAAGACGAACGACAUCGGAAUGACCCAGAACUCGGUUAUGAGCAGUUUGUGUUUUGAGAUCUGGAUCCGGAGGAGGAAGAACGAGGACACGUUCACUCUGAAGGCCUCCAGUCUCGAAGUGAAGAAAGCCUGGACCUCUGACCUGGAGAGGAUACUCUGGGACCAAGCAGCUCACAGUAGAGAGCUUCGUUUGCAGGAGAGGGUGUUGAUGGGAAUGAGUCGUGAACCCUUCAUGGACAUCCAACAUAGUGAUGCUGCGAUCUGUGACCGAGCUGUUGGUUGUGUUCUGCCUGGGAGAAUGCCUGUGGCGUGUUGUUCACACAGAGGUUUAGAAUAUCCGCGGCCGAGCUCCAUCGGCUCCGGCAGCACCGCCUCCACCACCCUCAGCCAAUCAUCAUCCUCCUCUGGCCGCGGCUCGCUGCCCCCUGCUGGUUAUCCUGGGAACCCAUCAUAUGGAUUAGACACAAACGUGAUGCUCUGCUCGUCACCUGAGGCGGCGACGGACAACGAUCUGAACAGUCGUCACCUUCAUCAGCAUCAUCUUCAUCCUCACUGCGACCAGUGGAAAACUCGCUGUCCUUUGAUGAACAGCCCUGAGUCCGCAGAGGACAGGACAAACCUGGCUGAAUUCAGUGGAGAGAUAAUGGACAACUCAAACGUUGGAUCUCACAGUUCGGAGCUAAAACCAGCAGAGCUCUGUCGGAUACCCAGUCUGAGGAAAAACGACUCACCGGCUGUUACCAGGAAGAAGCCGGGCAUCCCUCCAAAACCUCCACAUCUAGAAAAAGCUCAGGGAAAAUCAACAGAAGUUUAAUUUUGGACUCAGAAAAAGGUAACAUUCAUGUAAAUUAUUAUUUCUUAUUAAUCUGUAUUUUAGUUCUUUGUGUGUUGUUGUUUUAUAUGUAUUUAAGCUGUGUGUAAAUUUGUUGGACUUUAUUUAAUUCAAAUUCCAUAUUAAAGGGAUACAAAAGACAAAAAAGGAGUCUAUUUCUAUACAUUUUUAAGGAGAUCAACAUUUUUCUUAAGCUAUUGCUGUUUAGACAUUUUUUAUUUCUGAAUUUUAUCUUAUUUAAGAACUCAUAGAGCUUUAAUAAGACAUUUUAUUUGCUGUAUUUAUUUUAAUUUUUAUUUGAUGACUAUUAUUGUUUUUACCCCCUGCAGGAAGAUUAACCAAUGCUUUCAAUGUUGUUGCAGAGGAGGAAUCAUGAAGCUGCUGCAGACCCCAAACUGACUUGAAGACAGAAGAAAACAUAAAUGAAAACGUCAGAGGAGCAGAAAAGCCAUUAUUUUUUUGUACAAGGACUGUUUUUGAUGAACGAAUUUAGAAUUCAUGAAGUUUGGAUUCACUGUUAGAAUAUUUAAUAUAAAUGUAUAUUGUAGGAUCCUCAGUCCUGUACAGUUCAUGCAUAAUUUUUUGCAGGGAUCAAACAAAUGAAAAAAAUGUAUUUAUUACUACAGUGGAAAUUAAGUCCAGCAUCUAUUAGAUUCAAGGUCGACUUCAGGAGUCUGUUCAUUGAGCAACAGUCAAAAUACUGCUUAAAACAUUUCACUAGUAAUCAACAAUACAGGAAACUGGUACAUAUCUGGUAAAUACCAAUAAGUACCAGGUAACUGGACAAGCACCAGAUACAUAACUGGUGUGUGCCACGUAUGUAAGUGGGUGAUUACCAAGUCAAGUACACAAUAAGUACCAAGGAUAUAAGUGAGAAGUACCAGGUACAUAACAGAUACCAGGUACUGUUCAUACUUUGUAAUACUGCAGUAAAAAUGAAAACUCAAAGACUUUAAGAAGUUAGUCAUAAAUAGAAGAAAACUGUACUCAUGGUAAAGUUGAAUCAUUUACUAUGUUUAUUAAUUAUUUAUCUAAUAUAUAGUAAAAAAAAAAUCAGCUUCUCUGAUCUUUUGAAUGUUUUUAUCGAUUUUGUUCUUUUGUAUCUGAUUUAUAUGAAGGUAUAGACCCACUUCUCUGUGUUUUAUAUUCAUGAUGCUUUUAUUACUGAGAGACAAUCUUUAAAAAACUGCCAAUGCAGCACAAAAUACAACAUAAUGAACACGACUGCAAAACUUCAUUAAAACCACUUCAAGUGAGGGUCCACUAACACAUCAGCUUUACUUUUAUGUAAAAGACCAUAAAUAACUGUUAUUUUCAGGUUAUUUUGAUUUAUUUUAUUGUGUUUUUUAUGUGUAAAGUGGCAUUUUUAAAAAAGCUUUAAGAUUUAAUUUUAUUGUGCAAAAUGUGCACAUAUACAAAAAUCUGAGGCUUUAUUUUGAAUCCACAUUUUUCUGAGGCCUGUCUGUAUUUUUUGAUUUUUUUUCUUUAUUGUUUCAUUGUUUUUCUUUUAAAUUUUAUCUUUUGUUAAUAGUCAUAAUUUAAUUUGACUGCAUUAUUCUUGCUGAACCUGUAAUUUGAGGAUGUGGCAUGAGUCACUUCCUGCCUGGAUUUUUACAGUUUUGUUUUGUUUUUUUCUCAGCGACUUGAUUCUUAUGGAGUCAGAAGCAACAAAUAUUCAUAAAAAUUGCAAAAUAUAUGUGGGAAAAAGAUUUCUGAACAUAAAAUUACUUACAGAAUACAAACAAGUGGGAAUAUUUUAUUUUUAGUUCUCCCAGAUUAGGCAUCAAAACGUCUUGUCAGCUGUUUUGCUUCAGUUUUUGGUGAAUUUACAGCUUAGAGAAGUAAAAGCAGUUUAACAUCACAGGUGAGACAUUUUUUGAUUUUUUUGUUUCAUGUGACAUUUCCACAUUUUUUUCUUAAUCUUCUAUACACUAAACAUUUUUAUGGGUCUUCUGUAAAUUCGUGCAGCUCAUAUUUUCCACAUUACCACUGCCUGAAAAGUUUGUGUUUUUGUUCUUGUGCAAGUCUCUGAUUUUCAGUUCUGUGUUAAACAUGUUUUAUUUUUUAUCUACAAGCAAAAUGAAUAAAAGAUGCAGUGUCA